CCCUCCCUCUCUUCCUCUCUUCCUUUCUUCCCCUUUCUUUCUGCGUCUGUCCGUCUCCCUCGCGUGGAACUUUCUUUCACCCACUUCCUCCGUUUCUUCGUACUGUCCGAUCGAAGGGAACGGGACGCGUGGAAUUUCCGAGGGUCGCUGUUUCCGGUCGCAGUGCAGUCACAGUCACGGCGUUCACUCGCGGCGCUAUGAUUCACGUCGAGCGCCGUCGAGGCGAUCGGUGAGGGGUGGAUUACGACAGGGGCGAAACGCACCGGACGGAUUCGGGGGUGUUCGGGCGCGAGAGCCGGCAAAUACGGCGCACGUAUCGAUGUCGGGGAAACGUGGCGACCGAAAUACGAUAAACGCGUUAACAGUAGUAAACGCUAUAUGUGGAGGCGCAGCGCAGGAGCCGGCCCGAACGAGCGGUCAAAGGUCAGGGUGACGAAGUUAUAGCGCGCGCGAGACGAUAACGUUGAAGCGGGCCUCACCACCUGGCCGACAUGCUCCCUUAUCGCGACGAAUCGCUGCGGGAUGCAGACGGAGACGAGGCUGAUGACACGACAGCAUUUCUCCGCGCUGCUCGGUCCGGCAACCUCGAGAAAGUGAUCGAAUUUCUCGAUACCGAGUUAGACAUCAACACGGCCAACUCGAAUGGUUUAAAUGCUCUGCAUUUAGCUUCGAAGGAUGGCCACGUCGAAAUAGUAACCGAGUUAUUAAAGAGGGGCGCGAAAGUGGACGCGGCAACGAAGAAGGGAAACACCGCGCUGCACAUAGCUUCGUUAGCUGGCCAGUCCGAAAUAGUCAAUAUACUUAUCCAGUACGGUGCGGCGGUGAACAUCCAGUCGCAAAAUGGAUUCACUCCCUUGUACAUGGCUGCGCAGGAGAACCACGAUCAGGUCGUCAAGCUUCUGCUCGGCAGCGGAGCUAAUCAGAGCCUCGCGACGGAGGAUGGAUUCACCCCGCUUGCUGUGGCGAUGCAGCAAGGUCACGAUAAGGUGGUCAGCGUGCUCCUGGAAAACGAUUCGAAAGGCAAGGUGAAACUGCCGGCUCUCCACAUUGCCGCCAAGAAGGACGACUGCAAGGCCGCCGACCUGCUGCUGCAGAACGAUCAUAAACCCGACGUGACAUCGAAGAGCGGCUUCACCCCUCUUCACAUCGCCGCCCACUUUGGUAACGAGGAGGUAGCGCGGUUAUUAAUAAAACGCGGAGCCGACGUGAAUUACUUAGCUAAGCAUAACAUAAGCCCGUUGCACGUGGCGGCGAAAUGGGGCAAGAAUAAUAUGGUAAAGAUACUGUUGGAGAACUCGGCGCAAAUCGACGCUAAGACCAGAGACGGUUUAACUCCGCUUCACUGUGCAGCACGAUCGGGGCACGAGCAAGUCGUCAGCACCCUUCUUGAAAAUUCAGCGCCGAUCAGCGCACGCACCAAGAAUGGCCUGGCACCGUUGCACAUGGCAUCCCAAGGAGACCACGUGGACGCCGCGAGGGUGUUGCUGUACCAUCGAGCCCCGGUGGACGAGGUGACCACCGACUAUCUGACCUCGCUCCACGUUGCUGCACACUGCGGACACGCAAGGGUAGCUAAGCUGCUGCUCGAUCGAAAGGCCGAUCCGAACGCCCGAGCUCUGAAUGGCUUCACGCCGCUGCACAUCGCCUGCAAGAAGAACCGCAUCAAAGUGGUGGAACUGCUGCUGAAGCAUGGGGCGUCCAUCGAGUCUACGACAGAGUCCGGACUGACUCCAUUACACGUGGCCAGUUUUAUGGGGUGCAUGAAUAUCGUGAUAUUCCUACUGCAGCAUGAAGCCAAUCCUGACGUGCCAACUGUCAGGGGUGAAACACCCCUGCAUCUGGCAGCUAGAGCUAAUCAAACAGACAUUAUUCGAAUUUUGCUAAGAAAUGGUGCCAAAGUCGAUGCUCGUGCAAGGGAGCAGCAGACACCGCUUCACAUCGCGUCACGUCUGGGCAACAUCGACAUCGUCAUGUUGCUGCUGCAGCACGGCGCCGCCGUGGACACCACCACCAAGGAUAUGUACACGGCCCUCCACAUCGCGGCCAAGGAGGGCCAAGAGGAGGUGGCCGCCAUUCUCGUGGAGAACAAUGCUUCUCUCAAGGCAGCAACGAAAAAUGGCUUCACACCUUUGCAUAUCGCGGCUAAGUACGGAAAUAUGAACGUCGCAAAUAUACUCCUGCAGAAAGAGAGCAAGCUCGAUGUCCAAGGAAAGAACGAUAUCACGCCCUUGCAUUUGGCAUGCCACUACGACCACCCUAACGUCGCGAAUCUUUUAUUAGAGAAGGGAGUGUCGCCGCAUCUCGCGUCGCAAAACGGACAUACUCCGCUUCACAUUGCUGCGCGCAAAAAUCAGAUGGACAUCGCCUCCACGCUUCUGGAGAACGGGGCUAACGCGAACGCGGAAUCCAAAGCGGGUUUCACCCCUUUGCACCUGAGCGCGCAAAAGGGCCACUACGACAUGACGAAUCUGCUGAUCGAGCACGGCGCCAAUCCCAAUCACAAAGCGAAGAACGGGCUCACGGCGUUGCACCUGUGCGCGCAAGAGGAUUUCAUCAGGGUGGCGUCGAUCCUGGUGAAAAACGGGGCGGAUGUCGAGAGCCAGACCGAGACCGGCUACCGGCCGAUACACGUGGCCGCACACUUCGGGAAUCUGUCGAUGAUACGUUUCCUGCUGAAGCACAACGCCGAUAUCGACGUCCGAACUAAUCAGAACUACACCCCGCUUCAUCAGGCCGCCCAGCAGGGCCACGCUCACAUCGUCACCGCUUUGCUGGAGGGCAACGCUUCGCAUAAAGCGUGUACUAACGACGGCUUGACGGCGCUGAACAUAGCCCAAAAAUUGGGAUACAUCUCCGUGAUGGAAGUGCUGAAGGGUUUGCCUUACGACAGCGUGACUCCAGACAACAAAAACUGGGAGGAGAAGUACAAAGUAAUUGCUCCCGAGAGCCUGCAAGAAACCAGCUUCAUGUCCGAUUCCGACGACGAGGGAGUUUCUGACACGUUAAUGGGCGAACAGCCUUAUCGGUAUCUCACGGUAGAUCUGAUGAAGAAUCUGAGGGAUGAUUCAUUGCCCAUCGACGUUACCAGGGAUGAUCCUGUGCACAGACAAGCUAAAGAAGAGGAAGAAUUCACACAAAGCAAUAAUUACUGUUUAGCCGAAAAUUUCGACAGCUCCGAUGGGAUCAACCUAGGGAAGCUGCACUUCAGAUCAUUUUUAAUCAGUUUCCUGGUGGAUGCGCGUGGCGGGGCGAUGAAGGGAUGCAGACACAGCGGCGUGCGUAUUAUCGUGCCACCCCGCAGAGCAACGAUGCCGAUUCGCGUAACAUGCCGACUGGUGAAAUCGAGCAAAGUGGCGAAUCCACCCCCUUUGAUGGAGGGAGAGGCUUUCGCAACGCGAAUCAUCGAGAUGGGCCCGGUGGGAGCGAGAUUUUUAGGACCCGUGUUAAUCGACAUACCGCACUUUGCGUCCGUUCGCGGGAAGGAACGAGAGAUCAUCAUCCUCAGAAGCGAAAACGGAGAAACGUGGAAGGAACACGACAAUUCCGCGGACAACGACGACACUCUUUUCAACACGCCUUACGAUCCUCAGAUGAACGCCGGGCAUUCCGGCAGAAUCACUCGCAUCAUCACCACGGAUUUCCCGCAGUAUUUCGCUAUCGUGACCAGGAUCAAGCAGGAGGUUCACGUUAUCGGCGCCGAGGGUGGCAUUUUGAUAUCCAGCGUGGCGAGCCACGUGCAGGCCGUUUUCCCGGCGGGUGCGUUGACGAAGAAGAUCAAAGUCGGUUUGCAGGCACACGUUAUUCCCGCUGAGCUGACGGCCAAGUUGCUCGGAAAUUGCGUAGCCGUCUCACCGGUGAUCACCAUCGAGCCCAGAAGAAGAAAGUUCCACAAGCCGAUAACUCUGACGAUCCCCGUGCCGCAAGCCGCGAACAAGGGGAUGAUCAAUCAAUACGGGGGAGAGACGCCGACGUUGCGUCUCUUGUGCAGCAUCGCCGGCGGAACCAACGAGUCGCAGUGGGAAGACGUUACCGGAUCGACGCCGUUAACUUUCAUGAACGACAGGGUGUCGUUCACCACCACCGUUUCGGCGAGAUUCUGGCUGAUGGACUGCAGGAACAUCGGCGCGGUCCCGAAAAUGGCAACGGAAUUGUAUGAGGAAUCCCUACACGUGCCGUAUAUAACAAACUUCAUAAUUUACUCGAAAAGAAUGGACAUUCUGGAAGCCACACUGAGAAUAUUGUGCAUGACUGACGGCAAGGAGGGCAUGCAUACCCUGGAAAGGCAAGAGGAAUUCACGGAGAUCGUUAAAAGUCGCGACGUCGAGGCGCUCGAUGGGAAAGAUCUUUACAUUGAAUUUACUGGGAAUCUGGUACCGGUAACAAAGUCCGGAGUGCAGUUGAAAUUCACUUUCAAGGCUUUCCGACAAAAUCGAUUGUCGUUCCAUGUAAAAGUGAAGGAUCCGCAGUUGGACCCGGUAGCUAGGAUGUUGUUUAUGCGAGAACCGAAAGUUGCUAAAGGCGAACCACCGCAGCAGCCUAUUUGCGUGUUAAAUAUCGUCCUUCCUGAGAAUAUAAUUAAAUACGAGUUGCAGAAGAAGUUGAAAGGUUACGAGGACUCUAAUAUCAUAAAUCAAAAACUAGAUAGCUACAAAACAAAGUACAAAACGGAACGGAUGGAGAAAACUGACAAGCCUAAGGAGACCUCGCCGGAAAAGAAAUUCAUAACCGACACGUUACAGAAGGAACAAACAGAUGCCGCUAUCCACGAAUCCCUUGCACAAAAAGCGGCUUGUCCCCUAGAAUCCGUAGAUGCUAGUUAUCCCAAUAAAGUAGGCUCCGGUAGUCAGCCGGAGCCGGAUCUGUCGCCCGAGUUCGAGAGGCAGACGUACUCGGAGAAGCGCAAAUUCUGGGAGGACAUCUCAAGGAAACGCGAGAGCUACCAGCGUUCCGAGUCCGAGGUCUCGAGGGCCUCCCAGCUGACCAUCAACGAGAGCGACAGCGAGUCGUGUCCGCCGAACGUCGUGUCCGAGGAGGGCGACGGCACCACGGAGGGCAUCUCGGAGGUCAUGAGGUCGGAGACGUUCGAGGACAUAAACGUGCCGGAUAUCUCGGAGUGCUCGGUGGCGGAGAAGGCGCACUACUUCGAGGAGCAGAUACAGAAGGAGAUGGCAAAGGGCACGCCGAGACCGCAGCAGCAGGAAUCUGCCAAAUCCGAGAAGGACCGGCCACUCUUCAGGGGCAAGUCGAUCGAUGAUCACAAGGCUCGUGCGGAAAAGGACGCGGAGACGAUUAAAGAGAAGAUCGACAUUGAAGAGAAACACGUGGCGGAGUCGAGGGCGAUAGAGAAGACGUUGAGAGCCACGGAGGGUGCCAAAUGGACGGAGGACAGGUGGAAGGAACCGAAGGAUGAUAAAAAGGAUACAGAUGAGGGCAAAGGCGUGCGGGAGGAAGUUCAGAAGAUAGUAGCUCAGCCAAUGACGAAGAUUUGUAAGGAGCUGCUGAAUAAGGAGAGAGAAUUCGUCGAAGAGGCGCAUGUGAGGUACGCGAAAAUGGAAGAGACAAUUUCAAAGAGAAUGGAUACAUAUCCUGAACAGAUCGUAACGAAACAUGAAGUCGAAGAAGAUAUGAAGAAAAAGAUUGAGGGAAAAAUUAAGGACGAAAUUGCGGAGCCAAAACCGGAAACAUCGAGCAAGGAGAAAGCAGGAAGGAAGAUAGAUCAGAUUGAAGGCGCGAACGGUCAAUCGGUUACACAAGUACCGGAAGCAAGCGUAGAAACGAAGGUAUUCAAGAAAGGUUUACUGGACACCAAGAUGCAAGACGACGUUGAGAAGCUACGAACGGAGAUCAAGACCGAAUCGAUCUCUUCAGGCAUCAAGAAGAAAAUCGAGCAAUUCCUUGAAGGAGAGAAGCAAACCAUCGACGAAGUAACAAAAGAAAAGAGCAAGAUUAAAGAAAAGGAAAAAGAAUUGAAGGAUGUGUUAUCUAUCGAGGAAGGCACAUCCGGAUUGCUUCAGAAAGUGGAGGAGAUGGUCGCGAAGAAAGCUAUGGACACGGAAGUCAAGCAGAUGAAAAAGGAAUCUCGCAUUCCAAUUUCCGCGGCGAUGGCCGAGAAGGAUAAAAGCCAGAAAGAAACUAAAGCCAGAUCAUCACCAGACAGAUUUGAUGAAAAGCCGAUAAAGAGCCCGAUGGCAGAGAGAAGAGAAGUAGCCUCACCGUUCAGCAAGAAGAAGGAAUUCGAAUCACGCAUACCGAAACGCGUCAUGGAGGGAACGGCGAUAAAGGAAAAGGAUGCCAAGAAGGAUUUGCCAGGAAAGAAGGAUGAGACCAUCACGGUCACUGAGAAAAAAUCCAGCGAGGAAGUGACAUCGCGACACGAGGCACGCUCUACCACGAAAAGCAAGACGCAAACGUUCUCCAAGACGUUCGCCGGCGCGCAGGAUGCAUUCAAAAUGUUCGAGGAUAUGAGCGCGAUGAAGGACAAGGAUUUCGCUACGGUCACUUCGAAGGUCGACACGAAGGCUACCAGUAAAGUAGAGAAGAAGGAGGUGAUGUCAUCGGAGAUCUCCACCGGCGCGGAUAAGUUUAUAACUCACGAGGAGAAGGAAAGGGUGGAGCGGAAGAAGUCGUCGGAAUCGAAGCUGACGAAGGAAUCACCGGCGGAGACGGUCGAGGAGAAGAGAAGCAAAAGCGAGGAGGUGGACAAGACUGCCGUGCAAAAGAUGUCGAUGACGUCGACGGAGGGCAAGGAAGUGAUAGACGCUAGUGCUUCCAAGUCCAGAGCAGAGAGUAAAAAAGAAGAAUUGUUCAAAUUGCUCGAGGACAAAGAGGGAACCGCGACAGAGGAAUCCGGAACCAGAAGAGUUCGAGAGAGCGACGUGGAUGUGGCAAUCAGGAUAAAAAGGGACGACAGGAAGAAGGUGGAGGACAUCAAGGAAUCAAAAGCGGCUCCCGAAGAGACGGAUCUGGGCAAGAUUGAAAUGGUUGCACAGGGACAGUCUUACAAAGAGAGCAAGGAGAGCUUCAAAAUGGAACACUUCAUACCCAGUCAAAAGGAGCAACGCAAGGCGGAUAUAAGCGAGAAACCUGAAAAAGACGAACGACCGUCGAGCGCGAAAGCUCCGAAAUCCUUGGAAGAAAGACAGCAACUGGCCGCCAAAGAGAUCGAAGCGCGAAACGUAGCGGAGGAUCUGAUACAAUCAAUCGAAAGCGAGAUCGAGAGGAGAUCGUCGACGUCGGGUCUCAAGUUGAGCAAGGAGUAUCUAGAUCAAGUGAUUUCCGAGAGCAGCGACACCGAUCACGAGAGACUGGCCGACGACUUGACGAGGAAGUUUGAGAGCAUGAUAAAAAAAUCCUCGGAGGAGCAGCUGGAAAGUAAACCGCUGAAAACGUUCAUGCAAGAGGAAUCCUUUGAGAAAGGAUCCACUCGGGACAGCAUAAGUAUCAGCGAGGACAUAACAAAGGACGAGGAGUCAUCCCACGAACGAGAGGAAAGUCUACAGUCGUCCUCGCACGUUAGACUUCAAGACAGAGACAUCACAAUCAGUCCAAGUAGUAUAUCCGAACAGAUUGACCUGGAGGAGACGAUCGACGUCGAUACUGGAGAACUGGAGGACAUAUCCGACAAAUUCCGCUCGGACAGGUCGAGCAGUCACGUCGAGGCGCUUCAGCGAGACAUGUACAGCAGCACGAGUUUGUCGAAAGAUAAGUUGAUGUCGGAGAUCUCGGGCGCCAGAGUGUUGGAGAUCCUGGAGCCAGGAGCGGACAGUCGUCAAGACUCGGUCGAUGUGCCUUCCUUGGAACUGGACGAGUACAGGGUGUCCGAGCCGACCAGCAAGGAUGUAGCAUCCUUGCACGAGAGCGUGGCCGUAGACUCGUUGGACCAAAUCGCGCAGGAGAGAGACGUGACCAUCAGCCCCAGUACGGUAUCCGAGGACGUAAACGCGGACUCUCUGGUCUACGAACACACGCCUCCCACGACUCUUCCGUCGGAUAGGGAACCGCACGACGAUGGGGACAAACGGAGGCCGGACAGUUUCGAGAUCGAGAGUCCGCCGUUAGUCUCGCCAAGGACGAAGUACGUGCGCGAUCUGGAGAUCAAGCCGGUGAACUGGAUGAUCGGUGACGAGAAGAUCGAGAUCUCGGAGAUGCUGCAGCCCUCUCAGGUGUUCAGUCAGGAGCUGGAGGAGUACGAGUUGUCGAAACAACGCGCACGUACUUCCUCCCAGGACGAAUCUGUGGAUCUGGAGCAAGAAUCCGCGACCAAGUCCUCGGAAGAGAUCAGCGUGAUCGAGUCAGUGAAGGAAUCCGUCGCAACCGCCGCGCCCAGGAUCACGAAGUUUACCGUAACCCCGGUGGUCGAACCACCCACCGAGCUGGAUCUUGACAGCGAGCUGAUAGAGGAUAAGUUGGACAUCACCUGCCAGGAACUGGUCGAUACCCUGCAACGGGAGUUUGACGCCAAGACACCCACAGACGACUACGCGGUCAGUAUACGAUCGCCGCGUAUGUCCCGCGAGCAUUUUGAUCUGGAAACGAGUAUUACGGAAGCUGUGACGGAAGCUGUGAUACCCGUAGAGGAAGAAGCGAAAGACUGGACUGAGAUUGCGGAAAUUGCUGAUAUCGGCAAAGUAUCCACGACGAAGGUAGAAGAAGAAAAGGAAGAAGAUAUUGCAAAAUUGCAGAAAGAAGAAUUUGAAUUUACAGAUAAGACAAAAGAUAAGCCGGAAAUUGUGAAAGAGAAAAUGAAAGAAGCUACGGAAGCUCAGAAAGAUUCCACGAAAGAAGAACUACCAAAGUGUGCGAGAGUCGAUGACGUGUUGAAGGAAUGGACGGAGACUUACCUGGCAAAGAUCAAGCCUCCCAGCGAGGACUACAAACGACACAUGGAAAAGACUACUGAGAAGCACGACCGACCGAGCAAGUCAACGGCGGCUCCUUCCGACACUUGUGCCUUGAAAAUAAAAAAGGACGAACUCGAGGGCGUUCUGACUGCGAAAUACGCGAUCACGGUGCUGGAUCAAGUAGUGAAGAAAGAGAUUGCCGAGGUGAAGGAAUCCUUAGAAGCGGCCAAGCAGGAUCUGAUAGAGGAACUGAGUGAGAACAGCCAGACUGUGAUCCAGAUCAAAGACUCGCCCUCGGAGUUCCAGUUCAAGCUCCAGCCGGAAUCCAUUCCGAACGAUUUGCCGUUUUUGUACAGACCACCGUCCAUCGAGCAGGUUCCUGUGGAGGUUGAACCGGAAGCUGAUACCGAAGCUACCCCUCGGAUCGAGUCGCCGGACACGCGAACUCGAGAUCUCGAAGAGCAGCAGAAGGAGAGGAAAGACAGCGUCGGCGACAAACAAAGCGAAGCGACUGCUGUCGAAGACAAGCCAGUAGUAGAAAUUACACCUGAAAUUGACGUCGAAAAGUACGAAGAGGAACCAACAAUAAUAACCGUCGAAGAGAGGGAGGACGAAGAGGAGGGUCGUCCCAGUCCGCUACCCAUCAGCAGAUCGUCGGAUAUCGGCUCGGACCUUGAUAACAGGGACGACAGUUACUCGUUGGCGCCGCCACAGCCAGCACCCAGAAGACGUCACAAGCCGGCCAGGAUAUCGAAGAAGGUGAAGAGCUCCGAGAGUGAGCCCGACCUUGGCUCGAGUUCCGGCGAAAGCAGCAACUAUCAGUCUUGCGACUACGAGAUUAGCGGGAGUAGUAGACCCAGCUCGUCGGAUGUCGAGGCGAUGCAGUCCGCCGCGGGUGGCGUGCAAUCUGGAACCGUCUCGGAGUACGAGACGGCGAUGGAGCACGAGGGUUCGAAGACGCUGCCAACGUCGCAGGAGUACCAGACUGCAGCGAGCACCCUGAGCUCGCGCGAGUCUAUGAAAUCCUUGAAUUCUCUUAGCUCGGGCCAUCUGGGCAGCAUCGACAGCACCAGUGAGCUGUCGGAGACGCUGGUGCCCUCCGAGGAAGCGGACGACGAUAAGGACGAGAUAGAUGAGAACCUGGAGAGCGCGUUGGACGCGGAACAGGAGCUAGGUGAGGGGUCAGACUCCUCCGGCAGCGAAGAGAUACCGAUGGACGAGUCGGUAGACAAGAUCGACAGUCACAUACCGUGCCGCAUGAAGCGUUCGUCCGAGAUGAUCUUCCAGCAGAUCCUGGACGACAGCGUCAGUCUGGAAACGGAGUCUAUGGAUGAAGUAUUGAUAGAGGAGGAUCAGGCCAAGGAUAUGGCCACUUCUGCUUACGCGCCUGGUGACGUUAAGUCGGUAGACAUAAUGACGUCGCGAGCGUCCGAGGAUGGAGUCCAGAGUGUUCGCACGCAGGUGAUCUCGACGCGAGUCACCGGACCCAGCGACAGCGAGGAACCCGAACUAGAAGAGACGGGUGGUCUGGAAACAGAGAAGGAUACCGAAAAGGACGUGGAGACGACGGAGAGCGUGGAGCAGAAAUUAGGCCUUGAAGUUAGCGAGGGUCUCGAGCCAGGCGCGUCAUCCGUCCACUCGAUGCUGCAACAGGCCAGCAUGUCCUUAUCAUCAGCGUCCGGCGUGUCGUUCGACACGGUGAUCGAAAAGGACACGGAAAAGGACAAGUCCGACCGCCACUCGCCCGACAGCGACUCGUUUGAGCUCGUGGACAAGCCCGACAUCAUCGACGACUUCGUGGUGAUCGAGGAGGUCGGCCGGGAGGCGGAAGAGUUCGAUUCUGAGGGCAAGAGCAUUCGAAUCAGUUCGAUGCCGCAGGCAAGUAGCAAGCAAUUUGACCGCGACCUGGAGAACCUGAUCACGGAGAAGAAGGAGGACGCUCAGGUAUCGACGAGCCAGACGCGCAACACCGACCUGUUCGACUUCGAGACCGAGGAGAGUCCACCGCAGGCGUCCAACGACUCGCAGUCGUACUCUGACGAGGAGCAGUACGAGGGCAAGAAGUGGGUCGAGAUGCAGUUCCACGCGGACGCGCGCGGCGUCUACGACAUCGAGUACGACCGCGCGCCGCUGGAGGACAUCAAGGAGGAGGAGGUGACGGACUUCGAGGCCGGCAGCAGCAGGUUCGGCAGUCUGGGCAGCCACAAGGAGUCCAUAGGCAGCGUGGGCAGCAUGCGCGGCAGCUUCGGCAGCACGCCAGACUACGACGUCCUCGGCAAGAGAUACAUCAGCAAGUCCACGGAUCACGAGACUGCCUCGCUGACGUCGCUGCAGGAGUUCGAGCACCUGGAGAGCACCGUGGCGUCCGAGAACUCGCGGCGGGCGCAGUGCGGCUCUCAGGACUCCAGCAGCAACGGCAGCCUGCCGAGGAGGUACGUGACGCGUUCGGGCCACGGCGACGACGUCUCGCUGUCCUCGCUGAAGGACUUCGAGGGUCUCGAGAAGGCCUGCAGAGAAGCGCAUCUGAUGGAGCUGCGGGCGCGAGAAGAGGAAGAGCUGCUGGAACACGAGAGCCCGGAGAACAAGUACAAAAUGGAGGGCCUGCCGCGUACCAGGCCGGAGACGAGCAGCGCGGCCGGCUCGAUCAACCCCAGCACUUCGGGAUCGGACGACUACGAGAAGAGGAUAAAGGAGAUCGACGAGAUAAUACGCAUCGCGCAGUCCAACGUGGAGAAGUUUGACCGGCAGGACGACACCACGGAGGACAUCUCGCAGAUCGAGGCCACCGACGCCGAGAAAGUGGUUACUCAACUGGUCCCGGAAACGCUUCUGGAGGAGACGGAGGAGCUCGCGAACGAAGCGGUGCAGAAGGAUGUCAAUGUCAUGGAGACCAGCACGGACUCCCUGGAAAUGGAGGAAAAUGCCGAGAAGAAGUACCAUCUAUAUCGAAGCUCGGACUCCCUGGAGAUGAAGACGACUCUGGACUUGCCGUCCCUGAGCUCCGACUCGUUGAACAACAUGAAAGACGCGAAGGAAACGCCUCCGGACAUUGCUGGGCAAUCUGGUGGCCGCGCGAGGCGCAUUUCCUCGGAUUCUCUUGACAUGCCCUUGGUGGAGCAGCCGGAUGCUGGAGUGUCUGAGAGGAGCAGCGACAGCAACGGCCGUCACGAGGAAGAAGCGGCGAUCGGCAGCUCCAUCGGCCGAACAUCUGUAACAGAGACCAUCGCGAGAAGUGGCAAAACGAAAACGUCACCAAGUAACGGUACAUAGGACAAUUUUCGUAGUUAGCGGACCAUCAGAAAAGAAAUUUGCCACGACGUCACAAACAUAUUAUCGAGUAACUCAAGAGGCUUUACAUGUAAAACACGAUAUUAAAAGUAAUGUACUUAAGAACUCGUGCAUUGUGGAGGUAUAAGAUAUUAUUACAUUUGUCCUUGUUUUUACGCAAUGUCUUCUGGAAGCAUUUAUAUUAUACGCUUAAGUAAGAUAUAGUUGCAAUCUUUGAAAUAUAAUAUUGUUGCGCGAGAUAUUAAGAGAGAGAGGGAGAAAACGAGGGAGCUUGCUUGUUUGUCAUUAUUGAAUUUGAGGAGAGACAUAUUUCUGAUUCUCGCGAUUCGGGGUCGCGAGAAAUCGCGUUCGGGAAAACGUAAUUUUGCUUGAUUGUUUUCGCGGUAUUUAUUAAGUAUUAUUAUUAAGUAUACGUUGCGUUGCAUUUCUUAAGGUAUAUUUUAAAGUGCUACUUACAUGUUCUACCUGUAUCAUAACGCGUACGACACUCUGUACCAUUGUAACGUGAUUUGUAAACGUUUUGAUUGUACGGGACGUAUUUGUGGAGGCGCUUUCGUAAAAUUUUAUAAUAUAUUCGACGUAUCUUGUAUCGUGUAAUGAUUUCAGGCGACGGUUGCGAAACUCGGGAAUACAAUAAUGCUACGUGUAGCGCAUGUUCACAGAGGAACAGAUACAUAAUAUUUAAACUGAAGAAAUUUUAUAUACGAAUAUAAUAUUUAGGACACGUACUACAUAACGGAAGGCAGCAAAGGUGUAUAGACUUUCGUAAUUUAAAUGAUUCAACGAUCGGUUGUUUGACGAAACUUAUAUAUCCGUUUUAUGAAAUACAGAAUUACAAUGUUAUCGAUUAUGUUUACAUGAUAUUUACAGACGCACUACGUAUUAUUACAAGUUAAUAAUGUCAUUUAAAGAAAAGCUUGUUUCCUUAACGGUGAAAAUAUACAUUUGUGCAUUAUC